CUAUCUAUUCAGAGAUACGAAGAUAUCUAUAUAUAUCAUGCCUGACCUAAAAUUUUGACCGUCCUCCUCAGCAUCCUUCACCGCACUCUUCACACCAAGUCAUCCCACACACUCUCUCUCUCUCUCCAGGACCAGAACUUUUUAAUUACCAAAAUACCCUCUCCUCCACAGAAGUACUGUUAUAGCAUAGGUAUACAGAAUCAGAAAUCGCCAAAAGCCCACCACCAUGGCAUCAAGCCCCUCCAGGAAGCAGUCUAGGUACCAUGGAAUCCGGAGUCGGGGCGGAAAAUGGGUGUCCGAGAUCCGAGAGCCACGUAAGACUACACGUAUAUGGCUUGGGACUUUCCCAACUGCGGAGAUGGCUGCAGCGGCCUAUGAUGUGGCCGCGCUCGCUCUCAAGCGCGGCGAUGCUGUUCUCAACUUUCCUAGCUCCUUGGACUCGUAUCCUGUGCCAGCAUCCACGUCUCCACAGGACAUUCGUAGUGCUGCUGCCGCUGCUGCAGCAGCAGCUGCACUACAAGGGAAUGAGGAGCCAGAUAACAGUCUGAAGCUCAUAGAGAAGAAGACAAAGUACGAAUACGAUAUGAUGAUGAUGAGUAGUACGAGUUUGGCGUCAUCUGUGGGAAUGGAUGAAGAAGAGCUUUUCGGGAUGCCAAAUUUGCUGGCGAACAUGGCAGAGGGAAUGCUUGUGUCUCCGCCUAGACCGUCUGAUUAUCCCGACUCGUCCGCCAAUUCAGACGGAGCAGAUAGUCGUCUAUGGAGCUAUUGAUUAUUAGCGUUACAUAUGCUUUCUUAAUUUAUGAAUAUGUGUAUAUAUAUAUGACAUGGUUCGUUAUAUA